GAGUGCGUUACAAACCAAGUCUCCUUCGUCGAUCUACUAGCUCGCUUGAGUCCAGAAACCUUCUCUUCAGAGCCAGCCGCCUUCGACCAACAGUGCCAUCAUCACCCUACAUCAUCAUGGAGUAAUUCAAUGUUCCAUCUGUGUGCAGGUACAUGCACCAUUGUAUCCCAAGUUCGUCGGAACUCAACCCAUCCAAAACUCCUUCAACUCCUUCCUCAGCUACUAGGUGUGUGCUAUCGUUACUCAUGUCAUUGGCUUAUCAGUCCAAUGACGUCUGUCCAAUGAAUACAUACCUCAACAUUAGUAUAUCCGUACAGCAUCGUCAGAUCCACUUUCCUCUGGCCCGGCCACCGCUGAACCGAGGGUUGAAUCAAUAUUGAGCUUCCAGGCUGAUAGAUUGAUCCAUCCUCCUGAAUCAUGAUAGAUGAUAGGGAGUGAUCGUCGAGUUUUGAUUGAGCGUGAUGAAGGCCCGGAGAACGUGCUCCUUGGAUCAGGAGUGGGUCCGAACUUUCGAGGUGGGUCCGCCUGAGCGAUAUCAAGGACACACCUUGUACGAGGUCACGUCCAAGUUGUAUCCCGUGGGCUUUCCGGAAGCCAGCACUCAAAUCACCACCCAGAAGCGGUUCUCCGAGUUCCAAAAGCUCCAUCUGGCCUUGCAACAGAUCCAUAAGAAUCUCUAUCUCAAGGAUCCGUUUCCGGUGUUGCCCAAGGCCAGUUAUUUCCAUCGCUUUGAUGAACAAGUCUUGCUAGAGCGACGCAGGCAUGCCGUGGAGCUACUCGAGUUUGCCGCUCUUCACCCGCAGUUGUACAACAGUCAGGUGUUUGUCCAGUUCUUCAUCAUCGAUGAGAAUGACGAGGGCGGUUCGGAUGAGUCCUCGGAAUGGAGUCGCAACGCAUCGCCCUUUGAAGACGCACCGCCGAAAAAGGCUCAAACCCGGCAAGCCCAAUUGAAUUUGAGUCGGGUGGUCAAUUUGAGACAGGACGGCAACGUCAUGGAUGCCAGCUCCAUGGCCACGGCUCUUGGACAUGACCCCACGCCCACUCUGGUGCCGUGUGCGGUGAAUGCUCAGAAAUCUCCCGCUGUCACUCCCACCACGCCCGAGGAAGAGAUGAAGAACUUGCCGGACUACUUGAGUGAGGCCGCCGAGGACGUGAGUCGAGCCGUUCAUUUUGAGAUCGAGGAGAACUUUGAGGAGAGCGUGGUAUGCUAUCGAAACGCGAUUGGCACGCUUUUGUCCUCGGUCCAACAAGACCGAUGUCUGAAGCGUCAGGCCUCGGUCAAACGGCGCAUCGCUCAGUACAUCUCCAAAGCCGAAUCUUUGGUGGAGCAGCGGAACAAACGUGAUAGUUCAAGCCGAAUGAGGAUGAGGAUGCCGAUGAUGAUGAGCACAACUGGCACGGGAUCUUCAUCAUCACCCGCGGUCAGUCCCGUCAGCCAGAGUCGGAUCCCUCAUUUGGAUCUGUUUGGCGAUAUCAAAGACUUGAAGCGUUACAAGAUUCUCGACGUGAUUUCCAACAAAGUACUACGCGCCCAAAGCUUCGAGGACAACGAUCAGGUUGUCAUCAAAGCCCUUCAGAAGUCUUCAUUAGUCUUUAAAGCUUCCAAGAAAUCCUUACUUCCCAUCCACAUUCCGUACAUGGUGUCUUUAAAGUGUUACUACGAAACGGACGAUGCCAUAUUUUUGAUACUGGAUUACCUGCCCCACGGACAGUUGUAUGACGCAGUGCGACACAUAUUUAUACGCAAUGACGAUGAAACACCCGCUAAUGCGGCUCGCAGUGAUAGUGAGAGUGAACUAGUCAAUACCAAUCCCUCCAUUUCCGUCAUCAAACCAUCACAAUCAUUCCUGAGUAAUCGUGAGCUCAUGGACUUGGAUCAGGACGAGGAGAAUUACGAAGAAGGCCACAACCACAACGACGAGGACGAGGACGAGGACGACCUGGAGUACGUUCAUGCCAAAGAUCAGGAUACAAUCCUUUGCAUUGGUCAAGACGGGAUCGAACAGAUCGAUUGCACCCAAGGAGGCGGCCCCAUGUCCAGCUCUGGACCCCAAGAUCAGAACUUUGACUUCAUGAGUGAUUGUGCGGAUGAAGAGGGCGAAGAUGCUUUGGACGUCCCGAAGAGCCCUUCGACCACUCAGAUGCUCUUGAAUUCCCAAACCCUCUUGGCCAACAUCGACUCCAAAUUGGAGGGCGACACCUCCACGGCCGAAAGGGUCAUUGCUCGUCUGGACAAGCUGGAAUCCACGAUCUACACCCACAUGGAAGGUCGGACCUUCACCCCCAACUCGCCCUUCCGCACGAGGAAGCUCACCACCCCGUUGAACAUUCGCCCCAUCUCCCGAAACUCCAACGACUUGGGCUCGUCGGACUCGGAGCCGUUGAUGAGUCCCGAAUCGCCCUAUCGCUCCUUGCCCCUAUUCCGAACCUACAACUUUCGCGGCCCUCUACCCAUCCACAUCAUCCGCCUUUGGGCUUCUCAACUGUGUCAGGUGCUCAUGUCACUCCAUGCCCGAGGGAUCCUCGUCAAGGACCUGAACCCCCGAAACCUGCUCUUAGCCUCCAAUGGCGACCUCUGUCUCACCUAUCAAUGCGAGUGGGUCUCCAUCGACCGGUCCAUUGACGUCAUGGCUCAGCAGUGCUGGUACACGGCCCCCGAGGUCCAAGACAUCCAACCCUUGGGUCCGGCUUGUGAUUGGUGGUCCGUGGGAGUGAUCCUGUACGAAAUCACCUCCGGCCAAUACUUCGUGGAGAGCUACCCCUGCGGGUUGAGGCUCCAGCCGCCCGUCGAGUUUUCCGUCAGUAUUGAUCCUCAACUCGUCGACCUUAUCACGGGGCUUCUCCAACGAGACCCCAGUCAGCGGUUCAGUCGCGAAGAUAUUCAGAAACAUCCGUUCUUUGCCGAGAUCCAUUGGCGAAUGGUUUGAGCGAUCCCUCUCAUCCAUGAAAAGUGAAAGCUGACUCAACAUGUGGGUUUGCGUACAAAUUUCCCGCUUUGAAUGAACUAGAGUUGUGCGUACGUUCUGUUGGCGCCAUUUAAGUUUGAUUAUACUGCCUUUGGAGUGAGAAUUUUCGGGGAUUAACGUGGGAUGUGCGAAAUGUAGAAGUAUGCUCAAAUCCAGUGUCUGACAAAUGUUAGCUAGUUCACAAAGAAAUUGACGUGAUUUUUUAAAACGUUUUCUCUUUGUGUUGCAAUGAUUCUGAAUGAACAAAUAACUUUUGUUUGGUCAUGGAGUAAAUUAAACAUAAAUGCAUUUCCAGGCCGAAUACCAGAGAGUGACGCGGAGUUCGGUCGAUAUAUAUUUUUAUUUCUUUUUUUUUUCUUGCUUGAUAUGUUGACUAAUAAAUUUUCAAUGAAUUCGGAGAAAACAA